CACGUGGAGAAAAAAGUCCAUUCAAACAAGACCUCGCCCCACUCGCCGAUCGAGCGUUUCUGGUUGGAGCUUCGUGCAGAGAGAGAUAAAUGGGAGGAGGACAUGGAGAAGGCUAUACGUACAAGGGGAUGACAAUACAUCAGCCAAAGCGAUGGCAUUCAAUCACCGGAAAGGGCUUAUGUGCCGUCAUGUGGUUUUGGAUCCUAUACAGGGCUAAGCAAGAUGGUCCUGUAGUAUUGGGUUGGCGGCAUCCUUGGGAGGGCCAUGGGGACCAUGGUAGCCAUGGCCACGAACACUAGGCAUUGGGCGGAGAGACAACAAAGGAACCGUAAAUGCUUUUGCUUGUUGAUUGCUGUCAGAGUUUUAUCUGGAUAGCUAUUUUAUUAUUUAGUUGCUUCUUCUAUAUAAUAAAGGAUUUCUAAAAGAGAUUGUAAUGGGCAUAAUGUCAUGAACACAGAUCCCUUUCGUAGUUGUUAACUUGUGAGCAUGAAUUUGAGUUUGUCUUUUGUGUGUGUUACUCUGUCUUGAUUUUGCACUUCUAGUUUAUGUGAAAAUCAUUAUGGAUUAAAUGCAGACAAGAAAUUGUUGUUUUA